GUGACUUGUGAAGAAGAGUUCCUCUAGACGAGUGAGGAGGGCUCAGUUGUAGCGGAAAAUUAUAGCCGUUCACGGUUGAUUAGCGCUGAAAAUCUACUCAAUAGGAGCAACGAGUGAAAGCAGUUAGGCAACGAACGAUAAGCAGGAAAGCAUCCGUAGCAGCCAAAAUGACUGAAAGUGCAGGAGUGAAACAGAUCGUCGGCGUCUCCGAUAUCACCGAGAAUCGCAACAUAUGGCGCAUGCUGAUUGCCGAGUUUCUCGGCACCUUCUUUUUGGUCGCGAUUGGCAUCGGUAGCACGACGGGCUGGACCGACUACAGUCCCACGCUUACGCAGAUUGCGUUCACCUUCGGCCUGGUGGUCGCCACGCUAGCACAGGCAUUCGGGCACGUGAGCGGAUGCCACAUCAAUCCUGCCGUCACGAUCGGGCUGAUGGUAACUGCCGACGUCAGCAUACUGAAGGGUGCUUUCUACAUUGUUUCGCAGUGCAUCGGUGCGAUCGCAGGAGCAGCCGUCAUUAAGGCCGCCACCCCGUCGGAAGUCGUCGGAGGGCUCGGUGUGACCGGUAUCGCCCCGGGACUAUCCACCGGCCAGGGUGUCCUGAUCGAAGCGCUCAUCACCUUCAUGCUGGUGUUCGUCGUCCAUGGCGUGUGCGAUAAUCGGCGCACGGACAUCAAGGGUUCGGCACCGCUUGCUAUCGGGCUCUCGAUCACGGCCGGCCAUCUGGCAGCGAUUAAGUAUACCGGCGCCAGCAUGAAUCCAGCCCGUUCGUUCGGACCGGCCGUGGUGAUGGGUAACUACACCGAUCUGUGGGUUUACUGGGUCGGUCCGAUUGUCGGUGGCAUUGUUGCCGGUGCCGUCUAUCGUCUGUUCUUCAAAAUGAACACUAACAAAGUAGGACAAGUGACUAACGACGUUCAGUACAUUUAGCCCGGAGCGUAAUCCACUAGCCCAUCUCGAUAACUUCUACUACAACUAACCUG